AAUGUGAACCAAACCUUUCUCUUCAUCUUCUUCGAUUCUUCCUCCUUUCUCUAAAUUGUUCCAUCGAUUCUUCCAAGAACAUAGCUCUAAAUAACAAUGGAAAUCAAAGAUUUCACUCGAGAUGGAACUGUCGAUCUCCAUGGCCGCCCUGUUAUUGCUUCCAAAACUGGAAAAUGGAAAGCUUGUGCUUUCCUUGUUGGAUAUGAAGCAUUUGAAAGGAUGGCUUUCUAUGGGAUAGCUUCGAACUUGGUGAAUUACUUGACGACCCAACUCCAUGAAGACACUGUUUCAUCUGUAAGAAACGUGAAUAGCUGGUCGGGUUCGGUCUGGAUCACGCCGAUCCUCGGAGCUUACGUUGCAGAUGCUUUCCUCGGUCGGUUCUGGACAUUCACCGUUUCAUCUCUCAUCUAUGUCAUGGGAAUGAUAAUGCUCACAACAGCAGUUUCACUGAAAUCGUUGAAGCCGACAUGCAGCGAUGGAGUGUGCAACAAGGCAUCGACUCUGCAAAUAACUUUCUUCUACAUAUCUCUCUACACAAUAGCACUAGGAGCAGGGGGAACAAAGACUAACAUAUCAACCUUUGGGGCUGACCAGUUUGAUGAUUUCAAUCCCCAUGAAAAGGAGCUCAAGGUCUCCUUCUUCAACUGGUGGAUGUUCAGCUCUUUCCUCGGUGCCUUGUUCGCCACUCUCGGACUGGUCUACAUUCAAGAGAAUUUGGGUUGGGGGCUCGGUUACGGGAUCCCGACGAUAGGUCUCAUGGUCUCCCUUGUUUUGUUUUAUCUUGGGACCCCUAUUUAUCGACACAAAGUGAGGAAGACAAAGAGCCCUGCAGGGGACCUGAUUCGGGUCUCGGUUACGGCAUUCAGAAACAGGAAACUUCAGCUCCCGGAAAGCCCUGCCCAGCUUCACGAACACGAACGACGACACUAUAUCGACAGCGGGAAACGGCAGGUCCAUUACACUCCAAUUUUCAGAUUCUUAGACAAAGCUGCAGUGAAAGAUGGCGGCUCAGGUAAACCACCGUGCACGGUGACUCAAGUGGAAGGGACAAAGCUUGUCUUUGGGAUGCUUUUAAUAUGGCUAGUCACCCUAGUUCCAAGCACCAUUUGGGCUCAAAUCAACACAUUGUUUGUGAAACAAGGAACCACAAUGGAUAGGAGCCUCGGUUCGAGCUUCCGGAUCCCGGCGGCUUCGUUAGGUAGCUUCGUCACGCUCUCCAUGCUGAUCUCCGUGCCGAUGUACGACCGCUAUUUCGUGCCGUUCAUGCGCCGGAGGACGGGGAAUCCGAGGGGUAUCACGUUGCUUCAAAGGCUCGGCAUCGGAUUUUUCAUCCAGGUCAUCGCGAUCGCCAUCGCGUACGUCAUGGAAGUCCGGAGGAUGCAUGUCAUAAGAGUACACCGAAUCACGGGACCGAAUCAAAUCGUCCCCAUGAACAUAUUCUGGUUGAUGCCACAGUAUGUUCUUCUCGGGAUAGCCGAUGUGUUCAACGCGAUCGGAUUGCUGGAAUUCUUCUACGAUCAGUCGCCGGAAGACAUGCAAAGCCUGGGGACGACGUUUUUCACGAGCGGGAUCGGAGUCGGGAACUUCUUGAACAGCUUUUUGGUGACAAUGGUUGAUAAAAUCACAGGCAGGGGUGAGCAUAAGAGCUGGAUUGGUGACAAUUUGAAUGACUCUCACUUGGAUUAUUAUUAUGGGUUCCUUUUGGUCAUAUCAACCCUUAAUUUAGGGGCAUUUCUUUGGGCAUCAAGUAAAUAUGUGUACAAAAGGGAAACCAAAGAAGUGAACGAGGGUUGUAUUGAAAUGGACAGCAAAACCUUGGAGAUAUCUCCACUAGGAUUACAAGUAUGAAAAAAAAAUCACCCCA